AUGUUGGAAAAGCUCCCCGUACGAGCAAAGUUAGUGGUUGUAGGUGAUGGUGCAUGCGGCAAAACAUGCUUACUGUUUGUUUACACAGAGCAGGGAUUUCCAGAGCGUUAUAUCCCAACCGUAUUUCAGUCCUUUGUUGCUGAAGUCAACUUGGAUGGAACAAUCGUGCAAUUGGCAUUAUGGGAUACUGCAGGUCAAGAGGAUUAUGAUCGCCUACGCCCUCUGUCCUACGUUGGGACUCAUGUGAUACUUCUUUGCUUUGCUAUUGAUUCACCUGACUCUCUUGAUAAUGUCCAGGAAAAAUGGAUCACCGAACUAUACACCUACAUUCCAAAUGUGCCCAUCAUCCUGGUUGGCUGCAAAAAGGAUCUGAGAGACGAUGAAAAGACUGUCGAAGAAUUACAUCAAAUUGGGCAAAAGCCAGUUUCUUAUAAAGAGGGCCAAGCCGCCGCUGAAGCUAUAAAAGCUGAAAAAUACAUGGAGUGUUCUGCAAAACUAGAUCAAGGUGUGCAGGAAAUAUUUAUUUUAGCUGCAAAACUUGGAAGCAAGCAUAGAACAAAGCUUCAAGAGAAAAAGAGAAAAACCUGUAUAUGCCUGUAA